AUGUCAAUCACCGGGUUCCAUGUUAAACUUCUUUCUGAAUAUGCUCGUGCUCCUCUCCGUGGAUCAGCUUCUGCUGCAGGAUACGAUAUUUUUAGCUCAGAAGCGAAAACUUUACCAGCAAAAGGUUGGGGAAUUGUUGAAACUGACAUUUCAAUUGCUAUUCCAGAAGAUACAUAUGCACGCAUUGCUCCUCGAUCUGGCCUUGCUGCAAAGCAUGGAAUUGAUACAGGUGCCGGAGUUAUUGAUGCCGAUUAUAGAGGCCCUUUAAAGGUUGUUUUAUUCAACCAUUCAAAUGUCGAUUAUGAGAUUGCUCGAGGAGACAGAAUUGCUCAGCUUAUUUUGGAAAUUAUUCGAACUCCUGAGAUCCAGGUUGUCGAAUCACUACCUGAGACUCAACGUGGGGCAGGAGGAUUUGGCAGCACAGGUUAUAGCGGAGAAGCCACUAAACACUAA